UAAACAUACCACUGUAAAAACGUCCAUAUAGUAUUUAUUUAUUUUAAACAUAUGAUCGAAACCAACACUGUUACAGUUCUAUAUCAUGAUGACGUGUUUAAAUGACGUCACUUAUUUUAAAACCGAAUCCAUAAUGAAAUCAACAGGUAGGGAAGCUCCGAUACCACUCGGCAUUUCCCGCCCUCUAACAAAGUCUUUAAACUCGCUAGACCAUCGUGAUAAUUAUCGCUAGUCCUUAGAAUUCGCUGGUAGAUUCUAUCUUUUCUGUUCAAUUAACAGCUCAAAUAGCGAAAUUUAACACUCUUCGUGAGGUUUUUAACACCAUAAUUAUCGACAAGUAUUGCGUCAUAAACCUCGCGAAGAUUGUUAAAUUUCGCAACUACAUUGCCAUUUGUUGCUUUGCUAGCGAAAUGAUCCGAACAGGACACCAUAUACUAAAGACAUGAAUUCUUGAUUGCUCAGCGCGAUUACGGAAUAACAGCCCUCUGAAUGAAAAAUUUAUUUAGGUCUACGACCCUUACUGCAUUAUGCACAUCUUUGGGUUAAUCUGUAUUCGGGCCGUGCAAUCAAGUAUUAAUCCCUAAAUAAUAAGACCCGACGAAAACAUGGAAAAGGUUUAAGGCUCAUCAUUUUUUUGGCGACGCUUAUAUAUACAUGCUAAAAUGUAAUCCACGUAGAAAAUUGUUCGUUUAUAUUUUAUUCAAAAGGCUCUUAAAUUUGAAAACCAAUAUUGUUGGCCACUGCAUAUAGACCUGUAGAUAUGAUAUAAACUUUGAUAGUGUUAAAACGCUUGCUUAAACGUGCCUGCUAGCACUUCUUUUAUAUCGUAAGCUAAGCUGAGAAUAAAGGAUACGUCGUAUUGUUUGACAACUGCCUUUGAAUACUUUCAAAUAAAAGCAAUAAAAGUUAAUUAGUUCUAUCAUUUUUUUCUAAAGUAAAAUAAAAAAAGUUUUAUAUUUCAUACCGAAAAAUGCAAACGGGCUCCGAAAAUGCUUGUGAAAUAUCAUCGAGGUAUUCAUCAGACAGUCAAGGCAUAAUGGUGAGACUGCGGAAGGAUUCUUUGUAUCGGAAGAAAUUAGUUCUCACACUAGCAGUGUUUUGGACAUAUGUUAUUUUAGGAUGGGUGAUUUUACAGAUCGGUACAGCCCUUCCAGACCUUCAGGUUUUGAUUUCCAUAGACCUUGAGACAGCGUCUUGGAUAUUCUCAACUUGGUCAAUAGGUUAUAUGGGUGGUUCGUUAGUUUGUGGCGUCUUAUAUGACAAAAUAAAUCGUCUUUUCCUGAUGUUUGUGUGUGCAUCCGGGACUUCCGUUUGCAGUUUUUGCUUACCACAAUUUAAAUCAUUUACCGUGAUAAUUGUCUUCCGGGCUCUGACAGGAAUUUUCUGUGGUGGACUCGACACAGGUGCAAAUACAAUCAUACCUUCAACAUGGGGAUCGGAUGCUGGACCUGCCAUGCAGGCUUUAUAUCUGUGCUAUAGCAUCGGUGGUAUUGUGUCCCCUCUUGCAACUGAACCUUUCAUGUCUCCAAAGCAAAAUAAAGAAUCAGCUGAAAAUGACGACCUAAACAUUUAUCGCAACAAUUACACAACUUUUUCCAAAACUGACAUUUUUGAACAAAAUGAUGUAAAUUCCACUUACUCCAAAAACUUUUCAGAGCAAGCUCAGAUAAUAAAUGCAACCUCAGACCAAUUUAAUAUGUCCACAGAUUCAAUGUAUAACGGUAACAUAGAUAAAGCAUUUGUGUUGACAUCCGGGUUAGUAUUAAGUUCAGCUAUCCCUUUCCUAGUUAUGCUCAUAAUAGGAGGCUACGAUCAUACAAUAACAUCAUUGGCCUCUUCUACCGAUAACACACAUGAGGAAAGCGACCCUCUUCAAGAGAAACCUGACGUGAUUAAUUUGAAAGAAAGACUUACUAAUAAGAUCAAAGGUAAACGUAAAAUUUUGGUUUUGGCAUUUGUUGCAGGUAUUAAUUUGGUAUACAGUGCUACAGAAGAUAGUUUAGGAGAUUUUCUUGUUACAUUUUCUUUACAUUACCUUGAAUGGGAGAAUUCCUCGUCUGUUACAUUGGUUUCCCUGUACUGGGUUAUAAGUUGCAUCGGUGGUCUUGGAGGGGUUUUUCUAGCUAAAACAUUUCGGCCGGCGAAGUUACUUUUAAUUUCACACCUUCUUUGGAUAGCUUCUUUUCUUGUAGCUUUACUUGCUAGUUUGUACAGAAUAGACAUCAUGCUAUGGAUAUUCAUUUCGGGCUCCGGGUUAUUCAUGACUCUUAUCAUACCUGCUAUUAUUUCAUGGACCGAAGAGAACGUAAGUCACAUUACCGGGCGUAUAUCGUCCUUGUUUAUGAUUGCAACAGGCUGUGGAAUUGCUGCAAAUCCUAUGUUCAUAGGAUAUAUGAUGGGGCAAUAUACCUAUGUUUCCUUUCUGUAUAUUCUUUUCUUCGAGUCGAUCCUCUGCUUUGGCUUUUACAUAUUAGCAGUAGUCUCACGGUAUGUCAGAAACAGCGACGAUCGUGAUGUAAAGUUAGAAAUAGUGAAGUCUGAGACAGCUGAUCGUUCUCAAAAACGAGAGUAGUAUAACAAAUGUUACUUUUUACAUGCCGACGACUGUGAAAUUGAAUGUGAACUAAAUGAUUAUUUGAAUAGUACUGUAAUAAGUGAAUAUGGCUUCUUUAUUUUCUUGCAUUAUGGACUGGAGUUUCAGGUACUUUCAUUAGCUCUAGAAUACUGUACAAGGGUCUAAGAUGACUCUCGUGCUUUUAAUGACAUCAUAAUGAUCUGCAUUUAUGAGGUAGAUAGGUUUUUUUUAUGUCAACGAUCAGUCCAUUGACAACAACUGAAAUAGGGGAUUUUUUUCUCAUCUAUUAGACAGACCUUUUUUCCGAAAAAAAUACUGGUGUUAGAUAAUCUUAUGUCACAUCGAUCACAAACUUUUUUAUUAUUCGACAUAUUUAUAGUUUGAAUGUGUUAUUUAUGCUUUAUUUAUGCCAGAAUACAUGCUCUCAGAUGACUGAGGUCCCAUCCUAGGUUUGAGACAUGGCAAAAUAUUUGGUAGAACUUUGUUUUUGGAAAAACGUCAGUUGGGAUUUCCUUAACUACAACUCAAGGGUGUGGUAUAGUCACUCCUCGUGUUAUUCUGUCUGUAUGUAUCAUUAUCAUAAAAUUAUAUGAUAAAUUCAUUAUCGCUUUAUAUAUAAUAAUCUGUAGCCAUAUAUGCGUACAUUUUAUCUUAGACAAGUUAUCAGAGAGUCAUCUAAAUUUUCAUGAGCUGAUAAGUAUUUAAUUUAGUCAGUUUAUCUGAUAGUUUCAGUUUAAUAUUUACACAUAUAUUUUGUUUAUUUCAAUACACAAUGCAUUUGGUUUUUUGUUAUUUGAUAUGUUGUUUCGCUAUUUUGUAAUAUGGAAUGCGCGAGAAGGCUUAGGAUGUGUAACACAAUGAUAGCGCGCAGGUCAGCUUUCAUAAUUUCGUUAAUUGAUCAUCGUUAUUUUUUACUAUCUGUUAUUGUUUCGGGUAAAAAAUUCAAAUAGUUCUUGAAAAUAACACAUUUGUUUGCAUGUUUAGAUCAUUGUUUAUAUUUACUACUCUAGCAAAUUUCGUUACGGUAGAAUGUUUUAUCCCGUCACGGUAGAAUGUUUUAUCCAUUAUGUUUUGACUUAAACAACUUUGUUUACUAUUGUAACUGGUCAGAUACUGCGAAAUUCUAAACUAAAAUUGAUUUCAUUGACUUUAAUUAUUUUAUUAUUGCUAUCGAUGGAACUUUAACUGAGUAAUCAAAAAUGUUAAUUACUUUUUUAGCUUGUCAACCAAUUGUUGUUAUUUAUUUCAUAAAAUAAUGUUUGUCAAUUAGAUUUGACCUUAAUUAUUUUGUUUAUUUCAGUACUAGUCAUUUCUUUACCGAGUACUGAAUGCUUCCUCAUCUGUUGUUAACAGUUGUAUAUGUAUAUACUCGACCUUUUAAAUGACAUGUCUAAAACUGCUAUGGAUAUUUUGAAAUGUAAAUAUGUUAUUUCGAAUCACUUCUUGAUAAAGGUAUAAAUACUCAGGACAAAAUCGAAUAAGAGGAAGCGAGUCGGAGAGACAGAGAGCGAGUUGAAGAGACACAAAAAGAAGUGAGAUCUGGAGCUGAGACGAUACGAAUAGGAAACUUAGAAAAAAAAAAGCUUUCAGGAAGAAGGAAAAUGUUUACAGAAAAGGACAAUGAUAUUGAACAACACAAGAUCUAUUUUGUAUGAAUAUUUUGACUCAUGGUUGGAGUUGUUACGUAAAUGUAACAUAGAACUUUAAGUUUAAGAAGCUAAUGUAUUUAUUUGUGGAUCAAUUCUCAGUAUAGCUCAUCUUUUAAAUAAACAUCUUUGUGUUAAUAGAA